CCAGUUGGGUCGGCUGUUGAACUCUUAUCUUCAAAUCUCCACCCGUAGUAGACCUAACAUUAUCAUCAAACGUUCAGAAUCGCCAAUGAACCGAAAUAUUCCACGCCAUAUCAUUUUCCUGCGAAGAACCUAUCAAUUACUCAAUUCCAAAAUGUCGGAGCUACUUUAAAUGUCAUUACUUCCUGUCGAUAGUGUCAAUCGAUAUCGUUGAUUUUCCGCAGUUUCUCACAGUUUGAGCGAACACCACCUCUGCCCGUUUGGGAAAGUGAAGUUUCUGAUUCUGUUCACUGAAUUCGACAUUAAUUAUUAUUGUUGUGCAUGAAGUUGGAGUGAAGUGAGCUAGAAGUGUGGUUAACGAUGGGGAUCUUCAAACGAUCACCGAAACAGAAUAGGCUGCGUUCCUUUCCAGAACGUCCGUUAAUAAAAAUAGAACGCGUACUACAUAGGUGCAGCUCAUAUCGGAACCAACCGGAUAUCGCCUUAUCAUUACAAAGCCACCAACAGCGCCCGAGACAUGUACAAAGAACGCUACCGCGUGAGACAGCUGGAAUAUUGCAACAAACAAAUGUUCGGUAACCUCAUCGUCACAUGCCCGAACCACGUCAGUCAGAUGCCAAAAAAGUUGAUACAGCCAGUUCCGAUCACGGUUAAGCCGGUAUCUACGCCGCAAGAGAUAGUGAGGAGGCACAUGAUGGAGGCUGAGAGAAGAAGGGCUUCGAUGCUCGUGGACCAGCUGCUGAUAGACAUCCACAACAGCAUCCAGCACACCACUGAUUACAACUCAACCACCAGCGGAAGGUCCUCGCAGAAGUUUAGCAGGUCUAUGACGCACGAUCUGUCCAAGAGAGACAUAGAAGACCUAUCCGCCCUUGUGGUCCUCCUCGGCGGACAAAUUGAGCGGGUUGGUGUCAAGUUAGUCCGCCGUCUGAAGCGUCGCGAGGCCCUGCGACGCCAGCAGGAAGCUCACUGCGACGUCAUUACCUGUCAGCUGAAGAGACUCCUGCCGAGCUCCCCAAAAGAAAUGUGUUUCACAGUGAACCCCCAAGCUGGAGAAUCAAGUUUUUCACAAUGGGUUACAGCCAUGAAGAUGGUUGCCCAACUGCCAGGAGGUAUACCACCAGAAUUUCGAAAAAGGUUAUGGUUAACGAUGGCAGAAAAGCAUCUGGCUUCGAAAGGGGUGGACUGGAACAGAGUGGAGAGGACGUGCUUCAGCGAAUGGGCUCAUCCAGAAGACGGAGAACUGGGGGUACAAAUAGUGAAAGACCUGCACAGAACAGGUUGCAGCCUGUUUUGCGGAGAAGGCGGACAGGAAAAUCAGGCUCUGCUAAAGAAGGUCCUGUUGGCAUACGCUAGAUGGAACAAAGCUGUAGGUUACUGCCAAGGUUUCAACAUGCUAGCAGCCCUUAUUCUGCAAGUAACUGAUAAGAGUGAAACUGAUGCCCUAAAGCUGAUGAUCUACCUCAUAGAGGGUGUCCUUCCUGACUCCUACUUUGCUGAUAGUCUCCGAGGACUAUCCGUAGAUAUGGCUGUUUUCAGAGAACUACUGAGAACUAGGCUACCUAGAUUAUCCAAACACUUGGACCUACUUCAAAACUUGUCCAAAGAAGGAACUACUAGCUACGAACCACCCCUCACGAACGUCUUCACCAUGCAAUGGUUUCUCACUCUCUUUUGUAACUGUCUUCCUCAACCCUCAGUCCUUCGAAUCUGGGACCUGAUACUUCUUGAAGGAAACGAAAUUUUACUUCGUACAGCAUUGGCAAUAUGGCAGACUCUAGCAGAAAAGAUUCUAAGGGUGAGAAGUGCUGACGAGUUCUAUUGUAUCAUGGGUAUUUUGACGACAGAACUUCUCGAGAAUAAUCUUAUAGACGCUAACACUCUUAUAAAAGCAGUUGUGUCUGUUGGGCCGCUCAUCGAGCUGAAGAGCUUGAGGGAGCAUUAUCUUUUCAACAUCAAUCCUCUUGGUCCUAUACCAGCAAAUUUGGGAUUUGCCGAGAAACAGUUGAAGAUAUAUCCUAAAGAAAGGAUUGCUCUCGACAUCAGCACCCUCAAAAAGCAAUAUAUGAAGCUGAGACAGAGGCAAAGACAAGCUCAUAUCAUCUUCUCAGCAGCAAUCAACAGACAACCACCUCCUAAAGCUCCUGUAGCAAUGAAUCACCUUCUUCUUGGCAAAAGUGCCUUGGUACCUGCGAAACGACUCGGUCCUCCUAAAGGAAGUAUUCCACCUGCCAGAGUACCCACCACACUUCUCUGGAAGGAUACGAAACAACCAUCCAGUUCAUCAUCGUCAGAUACUGAACUUUGCGACGAUGACAAUCCUCCAAGUGAAUGCUCGGAUGACGCGAAUCGAAAAUCGCCCGUCCCUGAUCUUCCUGAAGACAAUCCCAAACAAAGUGAUACCUCAAACGUCGAAGAAGAUGUUCAAAACACUCCGACUAGUUUAGUCGAAAUAGACAAUAUAGAAAAUCAAAAAAGCGGUGAUAUUUUCGAAACGUUAGUUAGUAGUGAUUUCAACAUAGAGAAAAUUGCCGAUGUAGACUCUGAAGAUGACUCUGUAGACUUCGAGCUUUUUCUCGAAGAUCGCGUUAAAAGUUUGAAGCAAGAUGGUGAAAAUAAAAGGGUUAGUUUGUCUAGAAGAAACAGUGAAAGAGCCUUACAAAUUAUUCAAGAAAAUUCGUUGAUUCUACACAGAAUCCUGCAGUGUCAAUCUAGACUCAGUUUGUCUCCACCAGCUACAGAAACCGGUUGUGAUACUGAAGAAGAAUCCAACUCGAAGAAGAGUCCUUGUUUUGCAGCAGAUGAAAUGGAAUACGGAUCGACAUCCAGGUCAGAAACCACAAGUUAUAAUGCCGAAGAAGUAAUGUCAAGUUCAAAAAUGGAAUCAUAUCCAGAUAUCUCAAACUACUCACCCAAAACUCCUGGAGAUGAGAAUGAAUACAUUUUCCCCUCAAAAUACGAAGAUAUAUUGACGAAAAGCAAAUGUCUUAACGAAAAAUGUGAUGAUCUUUUCAAUACCAAGAAGGACGAAUCGAAGGAAGGGGAUAUAGAGUUACCUGAAUCUAAAACAUUCACCAAUCAAGAUGAAUUGAUAGAUCUUAUAUCUGGUUUCACUGAAUUCCCUAAUAGUAAGAAUAACUUCGAUAGUACGUCCUCUGAAAAUACAUUGAUCAAUUUUGAUGAAGUGAUCGAAGAUGAUAAAAUAAGACCAUGGUUGGAAAAAAUUGAUCUGAACCGAAACACAGAGUAUCUGCAGGAUUCAAAAUUAAUGAAAAAUGACUCGAUUCCCCAACACACGGAAAACGAAGAUUUGAAAAGCUCCACCUCCUCCAGAUAUUUUGAUGAUACACAAGCAACAAUUCCAGAUAUGAUUGUAAGCUUUUCUGAAAGUAGAAAAAAUUCGGAAAAGGAAUCUAAUAUUUUGUUAUCGAGUAUUGACAAUGAAUGGUCAAAGAAAUUCUUGUCGGAUAUUAACAAAUCUGCAGGUACUAUCGAAUCUAUAUCGGCCUUAACAACCGCUAAUUAUACCUCAAAACUUGAAACCCCUAAUUUUGAAAGGAAAAGUUUAUCAGCAACCAAUUCUAUCGAAAAAACUGAGGAAGUCAAUGAUAGGAGGAGCUUAUCAGCCAACAAUUUAAUGGAAAGAACUUCAUCUCCAUCUUCCAGGGUUAUAGAUGAAGAUAUACAAAAAGAAGAUACUAAAAGAUUUAGGAUAAAGUCACCAGAUACGUCUUAUGAUGGUAAUGUUUUGUCUCCACCAAGAUCAAGGCUUAGCAGCAGCAAUUCAAGAGAUCUGACAUCACCUCUCAAUGAGUCAAGUAUAUCCAUUUCUAGUCGAGUAUCUUCACCAUCUCCUGAAAGAGAUUCUGAAUCUUAUAGAAGAUAUUCUCCAAGGAGAACGUGUAAUCUCGCCAGAGAUGAUGUGAAAGGUGCAUUUUGUGAAGAUAUAACUGAAAUGAGGAGUAAAUCACCAAAAAAGAACUUUGAAAUCGAUGACCCUCGUGACAGUUCAGAAUACAGAAACUAUAGAGUAUCUAAAGAUAGAAUAGAAAGAAAGCUUUAUGGUGAUUCUUCGGAAUCGUCUAAAAGUGCCAGAGAUUCGAGUGAAAACUUAGAUUUGGCAUUCAGAGGCUUGUCCGCUUCCAUAACAUCCCCAGAGAAACGUUUCGAUAACCCUAGAGAUCCCUUGGGAUCUCCAGAUGAGGCGCAUAUUUUUUUCAGAAGUCCAUCUGGGAACCGAUCAACUGAAGAACAAUCUGAAAUAAGAAACCAAGACACGCGCAAAUCAUAUUUGGAGCAGGAUGACUUCAAAUAUAGACCUACAUCUCCAAAAUUCUCCUCGACUGGUUCGUACUCUUCUAGAUCUUCUCCAUUACUGAGGUUCGAUGAAAGACGUGGUAGUCCUUCUCCUAAAUCACCAACAAAAGUCUUCAACCCUUUUCCUAUACCUCUGAGCUCGAGGCAGAACAAGGAGAUUGGUGUAAAGCUUGGUUUAUACAAAAAGUGACAAAUUACAUCAGCCUUACGUGAUUUCUCAAUAAUUGAAAGACUGCCCUAGCUUAGUAUCGGCUAUAUUAUGAUCUUAUAAAGCGUUUCUUAUGUAAUAAUUUAUUUUAUUGAAUAUUUACAAAAUGAUUGAGUGUAGUUAUUGUGUUAUUGUAAGACAUGAUGACAUGUUUUAUUGUUUAAAAACACUUAUAGUGGUUGUGACGUGCUAUUGUUCUAAAGAGCUCGUUUCUACUUCAGUAUUAUAGGAAUAUUUCAAGUUAUAAGCUUCAAUUUUUCGAGGAUAAAUCUUUUUGGAAAUAUUUAACGUGAUGCACUUUUUCAAUAUGGCACUUUUGGAUCUUCUAAUUUAUUCUGUCCUUGGAAUGACCUUCAUCUGGAAGGAAUUAAACUGAGGCAUCUGAGAAGACUGACAAGAACGGUUAGAAACGUGAAAAACUUCUAUUCAAAAAGAAAAACUAUGUGAAUUUUUGCACUGUCCUUUUCAAAUCAAAGCUUCAACUACUCUUAUGCCAGCUGCUGUCGAUAUAAUUGAUCUAAGUAUAUAGAUGGAACCAUGCAGUGUAUAUUCUCUUCGUUAAUCACAAUCAGCGUUUUAAUAUAAAAAUAGUCGGGAUUAUCGAAAAUAAGGUAGACAACAAACUUUUAAUCAAAUAUAUUUACAGAAAUGUAUGUGGGUGAAAAAAUUUGAAACUGUUUUGUUACUGAAUGAAUAUAAUCAGCGAAAAUUCCGCUUCUCAAACAGAAUAUCAUUAAUAACCUGAUUGUUCGCAUAAUAGAAUAUUUUUAGAAUGAAAUCCUAAGCGACAAAAAAAUUCAAACUAAUUCCAUUCAUAAUCAAGUCAAUUUUGUAUUCCAGUGUUUUCGAUAGGGCAGAUGGAAGCAAAAACAAAUGAAUAUAUAAGUUUUUAAAAAAUCUACAUCAUUCAUUUCGGCGAUUCCACGAAGUAAAAUUGAAAUCACUCAUAAAUAAUUCAAUCAUCAUCACAUUAAACUUUUCUUCUCUUUUUUCUCUAUUCAAUUUCUUUUUCACAUAUUUAUUUCAUUCAUCGAUUCACAACCAUUUAUAUAUGUUGAAUGACAAUUAGAUUCGUCAAAUGAUGUAAAGCAUAAAUUUUGUGAUUACUAGAUAAGUUAAGUAUUUUCCAUAAGUAUGCGCUGUGCCACAUCUGUUCUCGAUAAAAACAAUGUUAGCGAAUUAUAUAUUUCCAUGAAAAGUUGUUGAAAAUAAUUCAAUAAAUAGUUUUCUUUUUCAA